GUUUUUUCUUGGGUCCGGUUCCUGGUCCUACCUAUCGAACCGGUCGGUCCGGUCCGGUUUAUAUUACCCUGUUCCACUGCUUCCACCAACCACAGCCAAAAAACCAUUGAAAAGUUACACAACAGAGUAGAAAGCAGCACCUACCACCGUUCGCUUCACUUUCCACCAAAAGUGAAGUUAUGGCGAAGAAUGCAACAUUAAUCUGCGUCCCUAUAAUGGGCGAAACCAUCGAAAAAAUGGCCGUUGAUAUUCAAAAAGCCAAACUCAAUGGAGCAGACCUUGUUGAAAUUCGGUUGGAUUCUCUCACCACUUUCAAUCCUCAUCAAGAUCUUAAAACUUUCAUUCAGCAACACAAUUCCUUGCCCUUGCUGUUCACUUACAGGCCGAAUUGGGAAGGUGGUAAGUAUGAUGGUGAUGAAAAACCACGGUUGGAUGCAUUACGGUUAGCCAUGGAAUUGGGGGCUGAUUACAUUGAUAUUGAACUUAAGGUUGCUCACGAGUUCUAUGACUCUAUACGUGGGAAGACGUUCAACAAAACCAAAGUCAUUGUUUCAUCUCACAACUAUCAGUAUACUCCGUCAGUUGAGGAUCUUGGCGACCUUGUGGCAAGAAUACAAGCAACUGGGGCAGACAUAGUAAAGAUUGCAACGACUGCUGUGGAGAUCACUGAUGUGGCACGUAUGUUACAAAUUAUGGUGCAUUCUCAAGUAAGUCAUGUUCCAUUCAUCGGACUUGUUAUGGGCGACAGGGGAUUGAUUUCACGUGUACUUUGUGCAAAGUUUGGCGGGUAUCUCACUUUUGGUACACUCGAGUCAGGGGUAGUUUCAGCUCCUGGUCAACCUACACUUAAGGAUCUGUUGCAUCUAUACAAUUUCAAACAACUGAGACCUGAGACAAAAGUAUAUGGGAUUAUUGGGAAGCCUGUUAGUCACAGUAAAUCACCCAAAUUGUUUAACGAAGCCUUCAAGACAGUUGGUUUUGAUGGAGUUUUUGUAUUUUUAUUGGUGGAUGACCUUGCCAAUUUUCUCAGGACUUACUCAUCAACAGAUUUUGUGGGAUUCAGUGUUACCAUUCCUCACAAGGAGUCCGCCCUUAAGUGCUGCGAUGAGGUUGAUCCAGUGGCUAAGUCAAUAGGAGCUGUAAACUGCAUUGUAAGAAGACCAACAGAUGGGAAGUUGAUUGGGUAUAACACUGAUUAUGUUGGUGCUAUUUCUGCUAUUGAGGAUGGUCUACGAGGUAAACACGAAAGCAGUGGUACAGCUGUUUCGCCGUUAGCUGGUAAGCUGUUUGUUGUUAUUGGUGCUGGUGGUGCCGGUAAGGCACUUGCUUAUGGUGCAAAAGAGAAAGGAGCAAGGAUUGUGAUUGCAAACCGCACCUAUGAUCGUGCGAGAGAACUUGCUGAUAUAAUUGGUGGAGAUGCUUUAGCCCUCAGUGAUUUAGAUAGUUACCAUCCAGAGGAUGGCAUGAUUCUUGCAAACACAACAUCUAUUGGAAUGCAACCAAAAGUUGAUGAAACACCUAUUUCUAAGCAUGCAUUGAAAUUUUACUCGCUGGUAUUUGAUGCUGUCUACACGCCAAAAAUUACUAGACUCUUGAAGGAAGCAGAAGAAUCAGGAGUCACUAUUGUAGAAGGAACGGAGAUGUUUCUUGGACAAGCAUAUGAGCAGUACGAGAAGUAUACUGGAUUGCCAGCACCAAAACAACUCUUCAGAAAAAUUAUGGAAAACUACUAAUAAGAGUGCAUGAUGGUGAUCAACAUUGGUUACUUUUGUUGUUUUAACUUAAAAGCUGUGAAAACGGGUUGCAUUUGUUCAAUUUUGUUUUUGACCCAAAAGAAAAAAAAAAGCUAUUUAGAUUGCUUUUGAAUGUUGGGGAACCUUCUAUAGAGCUUAGUGAUUUAUUGCAUUUAUCCUUCCCUUUAGGAAGACUUCUUUGUAAUCACAAUAAACAUUAGCAACACGUUUUUGCUUUGUAAUUGUAUUAUUGUAUUGUAUGUAACUUUUAAAGCUGAAGAAGCAAAGGACUUGUGUUGUUUGAUGAGUA